GUUUCAAUUGUAAGUACAAAGAUUGUUAGAAUAAUGGCUCCCCUCUUGGAAGAAGAAGAGAAUUAUGUACGAUUAGCUUUGUUAUUGAAAGGAGUUUCACCAAGAGCAGUCCGUACUUAUUUUGAUAGAGAAUUUCCACCUACUCAUCUACCUUCAACACUGAAUACAAACUACAACACUCUUCAGGAUUUAAAAUUAAAGAGAGUUUUGAACCAGGCUCAAUGGAAUCUGUUGUUUCCAAGAAAUGGUGGACCCGUUUCAACAACAUUUGAUGUAACAUUGAUGAUUUGCUUAAUCAGAAACUUGACAUCUGUAACUCAACCAAUCAAUGGCUUUGACAGACUUCCACUACAAGUAGAGACAACUCCAGGAGCUGAUCUAGCAAGGAUUAAAUGGUACAGGAAUAUAUUAGCCCAUCAUGAUAGUAACAAAAUGGCCACUGGUGAUUUCAAUACAGCAUGGAGUAAUAUUUCUAAUGCAGUAAGUAGACUCGGUGGUCAGCCAAUGAAUCAAGAGUGCCAAGAGUUAAAGGUUAAAAUAUUAGAUCAGUCCAAUCAAGAAAUUAUGUUGGAAAUCAAACAAUCACAGGAAAAGAUAAAAGAAUUAGGACAAACAGUGGAUAUUUUGGGGACAAAACACUCAGAAGUGACGGAAAAUCUGAGGAAGUUACAAGUUUCCCACAGUAGUUUACAGACUGAACACACGGAAGUCACAGAACUUUUGAGAGACCCAAUACCGUGGAACAUCAGAGGUCAAAUUAAAGAGGAAUUAGAAACUUGGACAGAGGAUGACAAAAUGUUUAUAGAAACAAAUGGAGCAAAGAAUGUACUAAAAUGUAUCAAAGAAAAUAGUUGUGUUGUUGUCACCGGAAGUUCGGGAACAGGAAAAUCAUCAUUGAUGCGUCAUGUUGCUUUACGAAUGCAAGAAGGCGGCUAUGAUAUUUUACCCGUAACGAACCCUGAAAAAAUUAUCAAGUGGUACAAUCCAAGUAAGAAAAUCCUGUUUGUUGUUGAUGACUUUUGUGGAACAUAUACCAUAAAUCCUAUGAAGUUAGAAAGCUGGAAAAAUUUGAUGGAAAAAAUCAAAACAUUAAUAGGAAAAAAACCAGUCAAAUUAAUCAUGUCUUGUAGACUUCAGGUUUUUAAGGAUGAAAAAAUGAAAUCUUUACCUUUUGAUCAGUCCUGUGAAUGUAAUCUUUUGUCAGAAGAUAAACACUUAUUAGAAACAGAAAAACAAUCUAUUGCUGAACUUUACUUAAAAACAAACGCCUAUAAGAUCAGGGAAUUUUAUGACAUGUUUGACUGUUUUCCUCUUUUAUGUCAAUUGUACAGCAAAAACACUAAUCUUAGAAUUGUAGAUUUCUUUCAGAAUCCAUUUACAGUUUAUAAAGAAGAGAUAGAUAAAAUACAAACAGAGGGAGCGCAUGUCAAGUACUGUGCACUUGCUCUAUGUGUUAUGUUUAACAAUCAUAUUAAAGAAGAAUGGCUCACAGAAGAUGUCGAUAAAGAUAUCAAAACAAUUAUAAAGAACACAUAUGAAGCUUGUAAAGUGGUGAAAGGAACAUCCCGGUUAGUUAUACGUGAUGAGCUGGAUUCACUAACUCGUACGUUUAUCAGAAAGGAUGGUGAAGUGUACAGAACUAUUCAUGACAAGCUGUUUGACUUUCUUGCUUUUUACUUUGGCAGUGUUAUGAUUUAUUGUUUAAUUAAUAAUGCUUCAAGUCAUUUUAUUCGUGAAAGGUUUGUUUUUGAAAAAAAAGACAAAAGAGAUGAAUUUUUAAUAGAUGUAUCAGAAAGAUAUCAGCAAAUGUAUAUAAAUAGAUUGAUAUAUGACUGGUUGAGAGGAAAGAUAGUAGAUGUCUUCUGUAACAUCAAUAUGAAUGAUCAAAUCUUCAGACAAAGAAUCCUUGUACAUUUAAAAGGUUUAGAAAUAUCAAAACAGAAACAAUUGGCAAGUCUAUAUGACACACAAAAUCAAGACACUCCAUUAAUACAGUGUUGUUAUAAAGGAGAUAUUGAUCUGGUUACAUGGUGCUUACGUCAUUGUACCAAUAAUGUAAACCAUUGUAGACAUACUGGAUCAUCACCUAUGUUCUUGGCUUGUCAAAAUGGACAUAUUGAAGUAGUACAGGUGUUAAUUACCAACAAGGCUGACAUUAAUAAGUGUAGAGAUGAUGGAGCAUCACCUCUGUACAUUGCUUGUCAGGAAAGACAUACUGAAGUAGUACAGAUGUUAAUAAACAAUAAGGCUGACAUUAAUAAGUGUGAUAAUAAUGGAGCAUCACCUCUGUUCAUUGCUUGUCAGAAAGGACAUACUGAAGUAGUACAGAUGUUAAUAAACAAUAAGGCUGACAUUAAUAAGUGUAGAGAUAAUGAUGGAGUAUCACCUCUGUUAUAUGCUUGUCGGAAAGGACAUACUGAAGUAGUACAGAUGUUAAUAAACAAUAAGGCUGACAUUAAUAAGUGUAGAGAUAAUGAUGGAGUAUCACCUCUGUUAUAUGCUUGUCAGAAAGGACAUACUGAAGUAGUACAGAUGUUAAUAAACAAUAAGGCUGACAUUAAUAAGUGUGAUAAUGAAGAAGUAUCACCUCUGUUCAUGGCUUGUCAGGAAGGACAUACUGAAGUAGUACAGAUGUUAAUAAACAAAAAGGCUGUCAUUAAUAAGUGUAUGAGAACAGGUGCAUCCCCUUUAUUGGUAGCUUGCUAUAACGGUCAUAUAGAGAUUGUUGAAUUGAUGUUAAAACAUGAAGCAGAUUGUAACAUUAAAUGGAGAGGACUAACACUACUAGAAAUUGCAAGCAGAGAAAAUCAUACCAAUAUUGUACAUUUGUUAAAAAAAAUAGAAAUAAUAUAAUAGAAGUUCGGCGAACAUGAAAAAAUAAAUCAAUAGAACUAUUUUGCUUAUUAUAUAAUUAAACAAAAUAAACCUGCUAUCAUUAAAUAUAAUUGCUAGCUAGAAGAGAAAAUCAUACCAAUGUUGUUUGUUUGUUAAAGAGACUAAAUAGAUAAAAACUGUGAUGUGUAUAUUAUAUAUGAUUUCACAGCACAUUUAACUUAUUGACCAUAAACAUUACUAAAUGGAAAAUAACUCUCAAAAUACUUUUGUUAUGCAUUGUUAAAAACAUUC